ACCAGCAGCAGCUCUGGCGCAGAGAGGGAGGGAAGCCGGCGUCUCCCCCCCCGUGCGUCUCCCUCCGCCCCGGGGGCGGUGCGCGCUGACGCGGCGGCGCUGCUGCCCUCGGCCUAGGGGAGUCGCACAAUUAUGAGAAGGAGCCGCCGGGCCAAGACCGCCACCGCCGCCAGCGUUGGGUCCCGGAGCAGAGCCGAGCUCGAGCCGCCCCGCUCUCCUCGUCGUCCCUGGAGCGCUGUCCUCUCCCGGCCCCUCCCUGCCCAGCGCCCCGCAGCCGCCGAGCUCAGCCCCGAUAGAUGGAGACAGGCCCCGCCACCGCCGAAGCACGAGCAGGAGCAGCCCGGCCCGAGGAGAGCCACAGCCGGCGCCGAGACCCAGCCCGACCCUGAGGAGAAUGUCCCAGAAAUCCUGGAUAGAAAACACUUUCACCAAGAGGGAAUGUGUAUAUAUUAUACCAAGUUCAAAGGACCCUCACAGAUGCCUUCCAGGAUGUCAGAUUUGUCAACAACUUGUCAGGUGCUGCUGUGGUCGCUUGGUCAGGCAACAUGCUUGCUUUACUGCAAGUCUUGCCAUGAAAUAUACAGAUGUCAAACUGGGUGAAAAUUUUAAUCAAGAAAUAGAAGACUGGUCAGUGGAAAAACACACAGAACAGAGUUCAACUGAUGCUUAUGGUGUCAUUAACUUUCAAGGUGGCUCUCAUUCGUGCAGAGCAAAGUAUGUGCGAUUGUCAUAUGACACUAAGCCUGAAGCCAUUCUACAACUUCUUCUUAAAGAAUGGCAAAUGGAGCUGCCCAGACUUGUUAUCUCUGUACAUGGGGGGAUGCAGAAAUUUGAACUUCAUCCACGCAUUAAACAAUUGCUUGGCAAAGGUCUUAUUAAAGCUGCCGUAACAACAGGUGCCUGGAUUAUAACUGGAGGAGUGAACACAGGUGUUGCAAAACAUGUUGGUGAUGCCCUGAGAGAACAUGCUUCCAGAUCAUCUCGAAAGAUUUGCACUAUUGGGAUAGCUCCAUGGGGAGUGAUUGAAAACAGAAAUGACCUUGUUGGAAGAGAUGUUGUUGCUCCAUAUCAAACUCUGUUAAACCCUCUAAGUAAACUAAAUGUCCUAAAUAAUCUCCAUUCCCAUUUCAUACUGGUGGAUGAUGGAACAGUUGGAAAGUAUGGAGCAGAAGUUAACUUGCGAAGAGAACUGGAAAAAACUAUCAAUUUGCAGCGGAUCCAUGCAAGAAUUGGCCAGGGUGUCCCUGUGGUAGCACUGAUAUUUGAAGGUGGUCCCAAUGUUAUCCUCACAGUUUUGGAAUACCUUCAAGAAAGUCCUCCUGUGCCAGUAGUAGUAUGUGAGGGAACUGGGAGAGCAGCAGACAUACUGGCAUAUGUUCAUAAGCAAACAGAAGAGGGAGGAAAUAUUCCUGAUGGAGCAGAACCUGAAAUCAUUUCAACCAUCAAAAAAACAUUUAACUUCGGUCAGAGUGAAGCAGUUCAUCUGUUUCAGACGUUGUUGGAAUGCAUGAAAAAAAAAGAACUUAUUACCGUAUUCCAUAUUGGGUCAGAUGAACAUCAAGAUAUUGAUGUUGCAAUACUUACAGCACUGCUAAAAGGUACAAAUGCUUCUGCAUUUGACCAGCUUGUCCUUACACUGGCGUGGGACCGAGUUGAUAUUGCCAAAAAUCAUGUUUUUGUUUAUGGACAACAGUGGCUGGUUGGAUCCCUGGAACAGGCUAUGUUAGAUGCCCUUGUGAUGGAUCGAGUUGCAUUUGUGAAACUUCUUAUUGAAAAUGGAGUAAGCAUGCACAAGUUCCUUACAAUUCCCAGGCUGGAAGAGCUUUACAACACAAAACAAGGCCCAACUAACCCAACACUCUUUCACCUUGUUCGGGAUGUCAAACAGGGAAACCUUCCUCCAGGAUAUAAAAUCAACCUGAUUGAUGUAGGGCUUGUUAUUGAAUAUUUGAUGGGAGGAACCUACAGAUGCACCUAUACGCGAAAACGCUUUAGAGUCAUAUACAACAGUCUCAGUGGAAACAGUCGGCGGUCUGGGCGUAAUCCUUCAAAUAAUACUCCUCAACUGCGUAAAAGCCAUGAGCCUUUUGGGAACAGGGCAGAUAAAAAAGAGAAAAUGCGACAUAAUCAUUUCAUCAAAACUGCACAGCCUUACAAACCAAAGAUUGAUACAAGUGCAGAAGAAGGAAAAAAGAAAAGAACCAAAGAUGAAGUCGUGGACAUUGAUGAUCCUGAAACUAGACGCUUUCCUUAUCCUCUUAAUGAACUCUUACUUUGGGCAGUGUUAAUGAAAAGACAGAAAAUGGCCCUUUUCUUCUGGCAGCAUGGUGAAGAGUCCAUGGCUAAAGCCUUAGUUGCCUGCAAGGUGUAUCGUUCAAUGGCACAUGAGGCAAAACAAAGUGACCUUGUUGAUGAUACCUCAGAAGAACUGAAACAGUACUCCAAUGAGUUUGGACAACUCGCAGUUGAACUACUAGAACAGUCCUUCCGACAAGAUGAAACCAUGGCUAUGAAGUUAUUAACGUAUGAGCUGAAGAACUGGAGUAAUUCAACCUGUCUUAAGCUAGCAGUGUCUUCAAGACUCCGCCCAUUCGUAGCUCAUACGUGUACACAGAUGUUGUUGUCUGAUAUGUGGAUGGGAAGACUAAACAUGAGGAAGAAUUCAUGGUACAAGGUGAUACUGAGCAUCUUACUACCCCCUACCAUACUAAUGCUGGAAUAUAAAACCAAGGCAGAAAUGUCCCAUAUUCCACAAUCUCAAGAUGCACACCAGAUGACAAUGGAAGACAGUGAAAACAACUUCCGGAAUACAGCAGAAGAGAUACCCAUGGAAGUAUUUAAAGAAGUAAGGGUCUUGGAUAGUACUGAAGGAAAACAUGACAUGGAGAUGCCAACAAAACCUAAGCGACUUCCAAUUACACGAAAGUUUUAUGCAUUCUAUCAUGCGCCAAUUGUGAAGUUCUGGUUCAAUACGUUGGCAUACUUAGGAUUUCUGAUGCUUUACACAUUUGUAGUCCUUGUAAAAAUGGAAGAAAUACCAUCAGUUCAAGAAUGGAUUGUUAUAGCUUAUAUUUUUACGUCAGCUAUUGAGAAGAUUCGUGAGAUCUUUAUGUCAGAGGCUGGGAAAAUUAAUCAGAAGAUUAAAGUGUGGUUCAGUGAUUACUUCAAUAUCAGUGAUACAAUUGCCAUUGUUACUUUCUUCAUUGGGUUUGCACUAAGAUUUGGAGCAAUAGGGAACUUUGGUGACAAAACUCACAAAGAAAAUUAUGUUUUUGUUGCUGGAAGAAUAACAUACUGUCUAAAUAUUAUAUUUUGGUAUGUGAGAUUACUGGAUAUUCUAGCUGUAAAUCAACAGGCUGGCCCUUAUGUCAUGAUGAUUGGCAAAAUGGUGGCCAACAUGUUCUACAUUGUAGUGAUUAUGGCACUCGUACUGCUUAGUUUUGGUGUUCCCAGGAAGGCAAUACUCCAUCCUAAUGAAGCACCAUCUUGGACUCUUGCUAGAGAUAUUGUGUUUCAUCCAUACUGGAUGAUUUUUGGUGAAGUUUAUGCAUAUGAAAUUGAUGCAUGUGCAAAUGAUUCAACAGUUCGCGAACUCUGUGGACCUGGAACAUGGCUGACCCCAUUUCUUCAAGCUGUCUACCUCUUUGUACAGUACAUUAUUAUGGUUAAUCUCCUUAUUGCAUUUUUCAACAAUGUGUAUUUACAAGUAAAGGCAAUUUCAAACAUUGUAUGGAAGUAUCAGCGCUAUCAUUUCAUUAUGGCCUACCAUGAAAAACCUGUCCUGCCUCCACCUCUUAUUAUUCUUAGUCAUAUGGCUUCCUUAUGUUGUUGUAUAUGUAAAAGAAGAAAGAAAGACAAGACUUCAGAUGGACCAAAACUCUUCCUAACAGAAGAAGACCAAAAGAAACUUCAUGACUUUGAAGAGUUGUGUGUUGAGAUGUAUUUCAAUGAAAAAGAUGAUAAAUUCCACUCUGGAAGUGAAGAGAGAAUUCGAGUCACAUUUGAACGGGUUGAACAAAUGUGCAUUCAGAUAAAAGAAGUUGGUGAUCGAGUCAACUACAUCAAACGGUCAUUGAACUCUUUAGAUUCUCAGAUUGGCCACCUACAGGAUCUCUCUGCUCUCACUGUGGAUACUCUAAAAACACUAACUGCACAAAAAGCUUCAGAAGCCAGCAAAGUCCAUAAUGAAAUUACCCGGGAGUUAAGCAUUUCAAAACAUUUGGCACAAAACCUUAUUGAUGAUGGUUCUCUGAGAUCUUCAGUAUGGAAAAAACACAACAUUGGAAAUGUGUUUGGUUCUUCUUUUCCACAAGGAGACCUCGAGAGUAGUAAUGCUUUAUUAUGUAACAUUUCUAUGCACAGUGAAAGAGAUAUUCAACAUAAGACAAUUGGUCAGGAUUUAGCUCCAGUUUCCAGGGGGGAAGAACUAAACUUUCAAGAGGCAGGUUCCUCAGGCAGUGCCUUUUUUCCAAGUGCUGUUUCUCCUCCAGAACUUCGACAAAGAUUACAGGGUUCAGAGAUCUCAAAAUCCAUUAAUAAAAAUAAAAAAUUAGGCAAUUCAUCGAACAGCAUGCCACGUCUAACAUCCCCAACAGCUAAAUUAUUUGUUAGCACUCCAUCUCAGCCGAGUUGCAGAAGUCAGUUGGAAUCUACAGCAAACAAUGAAGCAGCAAUUUUAUCUAAGGCUACAGAAGGAGAUAGUAACGUAGAAUUUGGUGCAUUUGUGGGUAAGUAUAACAAAGUAGAUUGUGAAGUCAUUAGUAGCUGCUCUUAUCCUCUUGCUUCUGGCUCUGCUUGCCUUGCUUUCACCCAGCCUUGUGUUGAAAGUGGUGGAUACGUUAAUUGUGGUUUUAUUCAUGAUGAAGAUGACACUAAUGAUUACAACUGCAGAAGCAGAGUUGAUACAUAUGAUGAGCAGUCCUCUGAGAACAGUAUCCAAAAGAAGCUACCUCUGUCAUCCAGCAACCAAGCAUCAACAGUAAACUGUGACCCAAGUGUUGGUUCACAUGAAAAAUUGAACGUUAAAGAUGAAGUUUCUAAAAGCCAGCAUGUUCAAGCAAUGGAACCACCAAAUAGAGAUUUAAGUUCUAACAUCAUUACAGGACUACGUCAAAAACUGUGGACCAAAUCGAAACCACAAGGUCACAGAGACAGCAUGGAGUUACCACAAUUUAAGGAGUCAGCGAUUAAAAUUAAAGAAAAAAAUGCUAAUAUUGAGGAGCAACAAGAGGACUUUAAGAAAGCUAUUCUGGAGGGCAUGGAGUUAACCAAACAUCAGACUGGUCUUCAAGCUGAUGGCAACCUAAGACAGGUUAACUCUUGUGAUGGAUUUACAGAAUAUCACAAAAACUCUUUGGCAGUUCAUUCAGAACAAUUUCACAACAAAAGUAGAAGAGCAUCAGCUGAAGAUACUCAGCAAGUAGACUCUAAGGCUGCAUUGCUUACGGAUUGGUUACAAGGUAGACCUUCAAGUAGCAAUCAAAUGCCUUCUGAAGAAGAUACCUUGAAUGGUAUUGCUUCUCCUUUCAAGCCGAUCAUGGACACCACUUACUACUACUCAGCUGUGGAAAGGAAUAACUUGAUGAGAUUAUCACAGAGCAUUCCAUUCACUCCUGUGCCUCCAAGAGGUGAGCCAGUCACUGUGUAUCGCCUUGAAGAAAGUUCUCCCAGCAUCUUGAACAACAGCAUGUCUUCCUGGUCACAGCUAGGACUCUGUGCUAAAAUUGAAUUUUUAAGUAAAGAGGAGAUGGGAGGUGGAUUACGUCGAGCCGUUAAAGUAGCAUGCACGUGGUCAGAAUAUGAUAUCCUGAAAUCAGGACAUCUUUAUAUCAUCAAAUCUUUUCUUCCUGAAGUUGUGAAUACUUGGUCAAGCAUUUACAAAGAGGAGACAGUGUUGCACCUCUGUUUGAGAGAAAUUCAACAGCAGAGGGCAGCACAGAAGCUCACGUUUGCUUUCAAUCAAAUGAAGCCUAAAUCCAUUCCAUAUUCCCCAAGGUUCCUGGAAGUUUUCCUGUUAUAUUGCCACUCAGCUGGACAGUGGUUUGCAGUUGAGGAGUGCAUGACUGGAGAAUUUAGAAAAUACAACAAUAACAACGGUGAUGAAAUAAUUCCAACUAACAUGCUAGAAGAGGUCAUGCUAGCAUUCAGCCACUGGACUUAUGAAUAUACAAGAGGAGAGUUGCUGGUACUUGACCUGCAAGGUGUGGGUGAAAAUUUGACAGAUCCCUCUGUGAUAAAAGCUGGAGAAAAAAGGUCAUAUGAUAUGGUGUUUGGUCCUGCCAACUUAGGAGAAGAUGCAAUCAAAAACUUCAGAGCUAAGCACCAUUGCAAUUCUUGCUGCAGGAAACUUAAACUUCCUGAUCUGAAGAGAAAUGAUUAUACGCCUGACAAAAUUAUAUUUCCUCAGGAUGAUUCUCCAGAAUUGACAAUUCAGCCUGGAAGCUGCACCAAAGAAUCAGAAUCAACUAGUUCUAUUCACUUGAUGCUGUAAUGACAUGAGCAAACACUGGCAUUACACAGUGUCACUAAGUUGUAGAUUAUCUGUCUUCCACUAAAAUCAGAUGAAAGAGAGAUGAAAACAAAGAACCAAGUGUUAUAAGUGGAAUUUUGAUGUCUGGUCCAUAAUCUAAGGACCUAACAACUUGUGGUAACCAUCUACAGAGAUGAGCUGGCAGCUGAUUAUUUUAAGGGUUGAAUGACAAGAAUUUAUGAAAUGUUUUUAAAGUGUCUUUUUCGGAGAAGGUUAUUUUUAGUUUUGCUUUUGUCCAGUGGAGGUUCGUCUAAUCCUCUAAUCCUGUGGUGCAAUAGGCUCUUGACUAAAAGGACUUCUUUUUGGAUGUUUUAAGGCAAAGUGUCUGUUUGGCAGCUGGUUUACUGUCAGCCAGCUAGAGAAAUGGGAGACUGCAUCCUUCUUCAUUGUCAGAGGUUUCCCUGAGCAUUGUCAGAAGUGUCCCAUCUCAUUAGAUGCCAUGUAGUUUCAUCUGGCCUUUGGAAGGGAACAGAUCCAAAGGAUCUGUGUAUAUCGUGCCAGUAUGCUGAGGUUGAAGUCAGAAAUGGAUCUAUUCCAAUAAAGAGUUUGUCUCCUGAAUCAGGAUUCAGCUUCAUAGGUAUGAAGCCAGUUUUUAUGGAAUAGAGCCUUAAUUGUGUAAUGAAAUUUCUUAUUUUUAUACAUUUCAGUUUUAUCAAGUCACUGUCAAAUAGUAACAAAUAAAGCCAGGAUAGACUGGUACAUCAUAUAGUAGAACAGAGUACAUACUGGUCCAAACAAGAAGUUGCCUUGUUGGAAAAAAAAACAAACAACGAAGUCGGGGAAGUGCUUUUUCUUGUAAUGACUGCUUCUGAAGUCAUGCCUUCCAAAAAUCUCGUAAAACCAGUAUAUCAAAGCGGAAUGUACACAUGAACUUUUAAAUGUAUUUAAAAUUGUAUAGAAACAUCUUUUAAUGUUAUGUUGUUUGUGGUACUUAUUUAAAAAAAGACUAGGGUUGGAUUAGCAUUAUGUAAAGUACGGGAGAUUGCAAUGCAACUUUAUGCCAAUAAAAUGUAAUUUAACUGUCCCAAGUCUUGUUGAGUAUUCAACAAGAAAAACCUGUUGUCCAACUGAAGUUUCAUGCUGCGAUUUUUAUUUUGUUUGUUACAUAGGUACUAAUUUGUAAUUUUUAAUUGAAGGGCAAUAUAAAGCUCUAUGAACAAAUUUUUUAUUCAGUAGUGUAUCUUAUAGAUACAGACCUAAGGCACGAACACAAUAGCUGUUUAAAUCGUGUUUUAUGUUGAUGGGGGAAAGGUAAAGUGUAUUAAAGAUAUAAUACUGUAUACAUUUUGUAUAUCUUUAAAUCUAAAAUAAAUUUAUUCUUGUUUACA